AUGAAAUUUAUCAAGAAAUCUGCCCUUGUUGCUACGCUGGUGGCAGCUGCCAACGCAAAUGCCCAGUCCACGGACCCGGGGGUCGGUACAAACCCCAAAGCUCAGGGCGCGACCGAGGAUGUGACGCCUAAUACCGGCCCUAACGGAUCCGAAGACUGGCUAAACACCGGCAUCACCUCCGAUGGAUGGAACCCACCCUACAUGGCUCUGGAUGACCUCUAUCACAUCUCCCUCGAUGAUUUCUACAACGGCAUUGGUUCCUCCUGCUCCCAAUACGACCAAUACUUCCAAAGCGCCGCAUCCAAGUACAGCGUUGAUCCCGUUAUCCUAGCCGUGAUCGCUAUGCAAGAAUCGUCAUGCAACGCAGACGCAGGUGGGCCGACUCCUGGACUGAUGCAAGUCUCAUGCGACAACUAUCCCAACGGAGAGUGCACGGAUUCAAUCCAGGAUAAUGUGGAUGCUGGUACGAAGUACCUGAAGUCGCAGAUAGAUUCCACUGGCGGAAAUGCGAUCGAGGCGUUUGGCUCUUACAAUGGGUGGUUCACGGCCAACAGUGGCUUGAAUGAUAACAAGGGUCUUACGGAAGAUUAUCCUUGCUCAUCGGAGGGCCAGUCAAAUGGCGUUCCACAGAAUUUAGAUUAUCUGCACCAGGUGCUGAAUGGUUGGCUUAUGGGUUUAGAUGUGUAUGGUGAUGACAACUGGAUUGGCACCUACAAGUGCGACCAGUCUUGCAGUGACGGAAGUAAAUGCUGA